AAAACAUGAACUAGAAGUGUAACGAUGCGGUUUCACGACUAAGUUGUUUAAAUUAGAGCGAAAGUAAAAAAUUAAUACAUUAUUACUAAACACUUUCGCUUUGUUUCAAAAUUUCCAGCAGGCCUGCUACAAUGUAAAUAUAAACGCGGGACAACACAUGCGCAAUAGAAACAAAGUAACUCUCCGUAUAUAAAGUGUUGGCGCCGGCGCGAGUCCUGCACUUCACUUCAAACUCCGCCAAAAGAAAAACCCGGAAUUUACAGCAUUACAACCCAGUCAACAGCACAAUGACCAGACGAAGUGGACGCCUUCAAGCUAAAAACGAAAAUGGAGCCACCCAUACGGACAAGAUAGCAAAAAUCAAGAAAGAGCAGUGCAACAGGAAGAAAGCCCUGACCAAAAGGAUACAUGGUGAAUCUCAGAAUCUAUGGGCUCAAGAGGGAACGUGCAAAGCUGAAGUCAUAACUGAAACUCCUAUGGAAGGGCUUCAUGAUGCAUUUGAUCAAUCAGGCUUGUCCCAAUGUUCCAGACCAUCUCCUCUGCCUCGACUCAGUUGGGGGAGUUCAGAGGACGUGUGGGUUAAGAUGUUGAGUAAGGAGUUAAAGUACAAGCACAGUAGUACCUGUUUGGAAACGCACCCGAGACUCCAGCCCAAAAUGAGAGCAGUUCUACUCGACUGGCUCAUGGAGGUAUGUGAGGCUUAUCUGCUUCACAGACAGACGUUCUACUUGGCACAGGACUUCUUCGACAGAUUCAUGCUCACCCAAGAAAACAGAGAAAAGGAGCGUCUGCAGCUCAUUGGCAUCACGGCUCUCUUCAUUGCCUCCAAAAUUGAGGAAAUUUAUCCACCUAAACUCACGGAGUUGGCCUACGUUACGGACGGUGCAUGUCUUGAAGAGGAGAUUCUACAAAUGGAGCUUAUUAUGUUAAAAGCAUUAAAUUGGGACCUGUAUCCUGAAACUGUUGUUUCGUGGAUGAAGCUUUACAUACAGAUGGCCUCAGUGUAUGAUUUCACUAAUCUGCUGGUGCCACAGUUUUCUGAAGAGACGUACAUACAAAUAACACAGCUUUUAGAUUUGUGCAUCUUGGAUAUCACCUCACUGGAGUUUAAAUAUGGAGUGCUGGCUGCAGCUGCCUUUUGCCAUUUUAUAUCUUUUGAAGUCGUACAAAAAGUAUCAGGCUUGAACUGGGAGGCAGUAGAGAGCUGUGUGAACUGGAUGGCUCCUUUUGUAGAGACCAUGACGGGUUACGAGAGCGCAAAGCUUAAAAAUUUUGCCAAAGUCUCGUUAGAGGACCGACACAACAUUCAGACUCACAUUGACUACCUCUCCAUGCUGCACGAAGCGCAGCAAAAACGCACUAUUCGCACAAAUGGCAUCUUUCCCCCUACACCACCAAGCAGCGCAGAGAAAUCCAGCAUACAGUGACCGAUCAGUGCUGUAAUCUGCCCAGUGUAACUGUACUAGGCCGAAAGUGUCUUCAUUACAGAGUUAAUGGGAAAUUAUUAUACUGUAUAAUGUGAAUAAGAAGGUUGACAUUUGUUUUUUAAAAAAUUUCCAUGAAUUGCAUUCCAUUUCAGCCCAAAAGAGAUAAUUCACUAUGGAUAUUAUUUACCAUUAUGUAUCCUCAGGGAUUUUAUUUGUAUUACAGUUAGACUGCAGUUUGUAAAUAAAUGUCUGAUUACAUAUUAAGCUCAACUUUGAAAACCACUUGAAAAACAACGUGUUCCUGGGAGAUUUGCUGAUUCUAAAUCUUGUCUAUUACAGCCAUUUAUUUCCACACAUAAUGUGCAAUAUUCCAUGCUAUUUAACUACUAAAAUGAGUUUUAAUGGUACUGUAAAUGUACUAAGUUACCAAUGUUUUAAAAUAUAAUGUGUGUAUAUAUAUAUAUAUAUAUAUAUAUAUAUAUUUUUUUUUUUUUUUUAUUUUUUUUUUUUUUUUUGCCAUCUUUACACCAGUGAACCGGAUCUUUUUUUUGUUUGUUUUGUUUUGUAAAGUUUCUGCAGUUUUGCUUGAACUUGUACAGAAUUAACCUAUUUUAGCAUUGUUAAAACUAUGACAAAUUAUUUAUUAUUGUUUCCCCAAAGUCCAAAAUAGCAGGUUUAAGGCAUGAAUUUAACUGCAUGCAUCACCAUUGUGGUCUUAAUGUAGUGCUAG